CAACCAGCUAUCUCCGGAGGGGUUCACUAACUGACAGCCGGUUCGAAUGCUAACCGAGUUAGCUCCCUGCUAACAGGAGUUGUAGCGGUUAUACAGUCACAGGUCUGUAGUAUUAGACGGUACCCAGCUGCCAGUGUUUGUGGUGGACUUUAGUUGGCUCUCGUACAUUAGGCAACGUCAGCUGAAGAGGGAGUCCUCCCUGAAUGAGUGACUCGUAGUGUGUGUGGCUAGCUAGCGAAGAGGAGGGUGGGGACAAAAAACUUCCCCAGACCUCGCCCAGCCGUUGCUUCAUUCCAGCAGGCAGCUACUCUCUUGACGGUGGGAGAGAUCCACACCACCUAAACCAGACAGUUAUUCAAGGGGAGACCCACGCAGUGGUGUCAACUAAGGGCAAAAAAAUCAGUAACCAUGUUCAGGAAAAACUUGAAGAAGGACCCCGAGCUGUUUCAGAACGUGUCGGAGGGUCUGCGGCGGCUUUACCGGACCAAACUGUUCCCGCUGGAGGACACGUAUCGAUUCCACGACUUCCACUCCCCUGCACUCGAAGAUGCCGACUUCGACAACAAGCCCAUGGUGCUCCUGGUGGGUCAGUACUCCACCGGGAAGACCACCUUCAUCCGGCACCUCAUGGAGCAGGACUUCCCCGGUAUGCGGAUUGGCCCCGAGCCCACUACGGACUCUUUCAUCGCGGUGAUGCACGGCGAGCAGGAGGGGCAGAUACCGGGUAACGCUCUGGUUGUCGACCCCAAGAAGCCCUUCCGCAAACUCAACGCUUUUGGCAACGCGUUUCUUAACAGGUUCAUGUGUGCCCAGAUGCCUAACCCCGUCCUGGAGAGCAUCAGUAUCAUCGAUACUCCUGGAAUCCUGUCCGGAGAGAAACAGAGGAUAAGCAGAGGUUAUGACUUCGCUGCCGUGCUGGAGUGGUUUGCAGAGCGCGUGGACCGCAUUAUCCUCCUGUUCGACGCCCACAAGCUGGACAUCUCAGACGAGUUCUCAGAGGUGAUCCGAGCUCUGAAGAACCACGAGGACAAAAUGCGCGUGGUGCUGAACAAGGCGGACCAGAUCAGCACCCAGCAGCUGAUGAGGGUCUACGGAGCGCUGAUGUGGUCUUUGGGAAAAAUCAUUAACACGCCUGAGGUGGUACGCGUGUACAUCGGGUCGUUCUGGGCCCAGCCCCUAUUGGUGCCAGACAACAGGAAGUUGUUCGAGGCCGAGGAGCAGGACCUGUUCUUAGACAUCCAGUCGUUGCCACGUAACGCAGCUCUACGCAAACUCAAUGACCUCAUCAAACGAGCGCGCCUUGCCAAGGUGCAGGCCUACAUCAUCAGCUCUCUAAAGAAGGAAAUGCCGAGUAUGUUUGGAAAGGAUUCCAAGAAGAAGGAGCUGAUAGCCAACCUGGGAGAGAUCUAUCACAGGAUCGAGAAGGAGCAACAGAUCUCUCCUGGCGACUUCCCCAACAUGGCCAGGAUGCAGGAGCAGCUGAAUGGUCAGGACUUCUCUAAGUUCGCAUCGCUGAAGCCCAAGCUGCUGGAGGCUGUGGAGGACAUGCUCGCCAACGACAUCGCCCGCCUCAUGGCCAUGGUGCGCCAGGAAGAGGCCGCCAUGCCCAGCCAGUCCGUCAAGGGCGGAGCCUUUGAGGGAACCAUGAGCGGCCCCUUCGGUCACGGCUAUGGAGAGGGCGCCAGCGAAGGCAUCGACGAGCUGGAGUGGGUGGUGGGUCGCGACAAGCCUACAUAUGAUGAGAUCUUCUACACCCUCUCUCCCAUCCACGGCAAAGUGUCCGGCGCCGCGGCCAAGAAGGAGAUGCUUAAGUCCAAGCUGCCCAACACAGUCCUGGGAAAGAUCUGGAAGCUAGCAGACGUGGAUAAAGACGGCCUCCUCGACGAGGAGGAGUUCGCCCUGGCCAACCACCUCAUCAAGGUGAAGCUGGAGGGCCACGAGCUGCCGUCAGCGCUGCCUGAUCACCUUGUGCCCCCGUCAAAACGCGGGACAAUCAUGGAGGCCUAAAGGAGGAGGAGGAAUGGGAGCAGCAAGGAGACGAGCCAUGUCAACGCUUUACAUCACCUUCAGGACUGGCCAGACAAAAGUCCGACUGCAAGCAUGAACAGCGUCAUCCUCCAUCAAGCUGUGAGUCUCCAGGCUUCCUGGCACACCAGGAGGAGGUGUCGCUGUGAUCUUUUUCACCAGAGAGAGACUGGAGGGGUUGGGGGGGAGGUGGGAGGGAGGGGAGGGGAGGUCCAUCUUUGUGCAGUAGGGGAGAAUAUUUAGGUAUCUAUUACAAAUAAAUGGAGGGAGGGAGGGGGGGUGAUUUGCAAACCGCUGAAAGGACAUUACCGUAUGAUGAACUGACGGAUAGAUGGAGGUUGCAUGACGGGGCCGAACAUGGAUUUGUGCAUCCUGUGUAAAAGAUGUCUUCUAAGUAUACAGUCCAUAUUAUUAUAUGUUGAUCCAAAGAAAUAUAGUUUUUUUUCCAUUUGGAGAGAGAAAGAGGAAAUAAAUCGAAACAGCUGUUAGAAUUGUUUUAUCUAUAUUUUUGUAUUUCCUGACUGUUAACUUUGACUCUUUCCAAAUGCUUCCCUUUUUAUUAUUUUGCCAGAUAAUUAAAAAGGAGUACUGUACCAUCUGA